AUGUCCGACCCGGCCAUGGACGCACCAUGGCCCGCUGGCCAGUCCUACCUGGAGAAGCUGCCUACGGAGAUCAUAGAGAUAAUCUGUGAUACUCUCGGCCCAGAGCGCACGAGGAAUUAUCUCAUGAAAACGUCUUCCAGUCGUCAUCCUCGUUAUCCGAACAAACCUGCUGAGGCCUGCUAUCCAUCGGAUCCCAUCGACUCGCAGUCGUACCUCAAAUCCCGCCGCGCACUGUACAAUCUAGCUCGGGUCUCCAAGCGCUUAUCUCCAGUGGCGCGCAAGUAUCUGCUGAGAAAGGUUUCAGUCACCGAUCCCCAAUGCCUUUUCAAGCUGGCCAAAUCUUUGGCUCUUUAUCCGGACACCCGCCCUCAUGUCAAGUGGCUCGGAAUCGACGCUCAGUUUAUCUCUGGGUGCCACUUCCAGGAGGAGGAUGGAGGAGACGCAGACCCAGAUGGAGAUAUGCCAAUGCGACAUCCGAAGCUCGAAUGUUUGUGCGAUGGCGAAUACUGUGGAGUCCGUCCGCUCUACCACCGGCACUGGGACACUUGCAGACUCUCCCUGGAGAUGGAUUUCAUGUGGAACUUCGAGAAGGUCCUGAAAGUACCAGAGAUGAAGGGAUUCCCGGAUAUGGGUCACCUGUUGCAAUUGGUACGGCAAAUGCAGUACACGGAAGUUAAUCUGGAUUACUUCCUGGAUGACAGGACUUUCGAACAGAUGUGCAAUAUUGGUCUCAAGGUUGCCAUCUUUCUUUCUCCCAACCUCCAGGCACUUCGGCUUACGGCAGACUAUAGUCAUUCACAUUCAUUUCUUUUCCGCUACUCAAUGGGUAUCGUCCCUGCUCCAACCGAGAGUUUCGGCCCUUUUGCCAUGGAGUACCACCCAGAUGUGGCCAAGUUCCUGACGACACUCAACAUGGGCGCAUCCUCCUUCAGACAUUUCUCCACCGCUCCUACACUGACCUUCAUUCCUACCUGCCCAGCAACCCUGGAAGAGCUAACGCUGAUCGAUGACGGCCCGAUCUACGUCAAUGAUGAUCAAGAGCGCUGCCGCGGUAUUGAGCCACAUCAACUCCUCACCUGGCUCAAGCCUGCCAAGCGUCUUCGAAAGCUCCGGCUCUACAGCGGACUUGAUGUUGAAGGCUUGACCAUGGUACUUCGCUGGGGCCUUGAAGCAAGUCCCUACAACCUCACCCAUCUGCACAACAUUAACACCAUUCUGCUCGCGCACCGCGAGACCCUGCUGCAUUUUGAGUGGUGUCAGAUGUCGAAUCCGUGGAAGACCGACGAGCAAGCCUGGAUCAAGAUGUUUGGACCGGAUCAGAAAUUAUCGUGUCUCGCGGAGCUCAAGGAGUUAACCUACCUCAAGCUGUCAGACAUGUUCGUCUACACCCGUCAGCAGUACCUGGAUCGCCGGGCUUCUUUAGCUGCCAUGGAUGCCAUCACCAAGAAGUCGAUCUUGCUCAAGGCGGAUCGCGAAUACAACGAUUUGGUGGUGCUGAGGCGUAACCUGUUGUAUGAGCUCUCCGCACCGCCCAAGUUGAAGAGGGUUAUUGUGGUGGGAAAUUUGCCGAGGCAUGGUCGUCGGUAUAUCGAGGUUAAUACUUAA